AAAUCCGUCCCGGACACCUCGCGGUGGCCGCGACCGCCGCUACCAUCGACAUGGCGGAAAGGAAAUGCCGGGAUUCGAACCCGCGGCCUCGGGGUUAUAACAGGCGGCGGAGGCCACGCCCACGCGUCGCGCCGCAGUGACGCCAUCCCCGCGCGCCCAGCGCUGCCGGUGCCGUUCCCGGGGGGCGCGGAGCCCCCCCCGAGCCCCCCCAUGAGCCGCCGCCGCCGCUUCGGGGACACCGACGGCGCCCUCGCGGCCAAGCGGCGCCGCCCGGAGCUGCCGGGGGAGCCCCCGCGCCCCGACGGCAGCCCCGCGGCCGUGGAGGCGGCGCUCGGGGCCGUGGCCGCGCUCUUCCCCCGCCGCCUGUUCGGGGACGCGCUGCCGCCGCUCGUGCUCCGCCACCAGCUCUACGACGUGGUGCGGGACCGGACGGCGGUGGACCGGCACCUGAACCGGCUCAGAACGGGGGGCCGGGUGCGGCUGCUGCACCUGGGGCUGGGCCCGGACGUGCUGGGGGUCGUGAGCCUGGAGCUCUACCGGGAGAAGUGGGAGAGAGGGGCUUCGGGGACAGCGACAUCACGCCGCCGCGCCGUGCUGUCCCUGGUGCGGCGCUCGCGGCUCCGCCAGGUCCCGCUGCGGGAGCUGCAGCGGCUCCGAGCCCCCCCGGGCGCCGCGCUGGGGGUCCCGUUCCUGCUGCACGACCUGCUGGGGGAGGGGCGGCUGCAGCGUGUCCCCACGGCCUCGGGUCCUCUGCUGCGAUUGGCCGAGCCCUGACCUCUGACCUCUGACCUCUGACCCCUGACCGGACCUCCCUGAGGAGUUUUCUCCCCACAUUUUUGCACUAGGGCGUGGCCAUACCUGACCACGCCCAUUCGGGGCGGGGCUAAAGUGGAACAAUCAAUCUUUGCCUGCUUUAGCCCCGCCCCCUCCGCGUUUAGCCACGCCCCCCGCGGGCCGGGGGUGUCCCCCCGUUCGUGGUGGGGGGGAGAAGCCGAGCGCAAUAAAAAACAAAAUCAAUAAAACCAA